GAGAUCUGUGCAUCGAUGGAGCUGAGCUCGGGCUUCCCCCGGCGCUCCUCCCAGCAGCUGGGCCCAGCCAGCGGCGGGGAGGACCGCAUCAGCGCCCUGGACGACGACAUGCUCCUCGGAUGCUUCCGCGCGGCCGCGCGCACGGGCGGCCUCUCCCGCCGGUGGCGCGGCCUCUGGGCUAGCCUCCGCCACAUCGUCUUCUGCGACGUCCCGUUCCCCUCGCUCGAAGCGGCGCUCGGCCGCGUCACUCGCCCCCCUCCGGGGCUUUCCCUCCUGGAGAUCCGCGUCACGGACAUGCAGCCCAGGCGCGACGCCGCCGGCGUCACCUCGCUCUUGUGCGCCGCCGCGCUGCUCGAGCCCAAGGAGCUAGUCUUGGCCCUCCCGUCGGGCUACAUGGGCAAUCUCUCGCCCUUGUUCUUCCUGCAGCUGCCAGACCACGUCAGGUUCCAUGAACUCGAGACACUGUCCCUCUCGGGCUGCCACGUGCGCUUCGACUCCUUGCUCCCCUGCUGCCCACGCCUGCGCGUGCUAAAGUUCAAUGACCGUUGGGGCCACUACAGCAUCAGAACCUUCAUGUCACUCCACUCCACGUCGCUGCAAGAGCUUUGUGUGGAUGUCGAGAACGUAAGCAUAGAUACCGUCGACCUUGUUGCUCCCGAGCUUAAGAAAUUGACAGUGUCCUUGAAGGCUUUUCGGGAGAUCAACAUCUCUAUCUUGGCACCAAUGGUUGAGAAGCUCUCAUGGAAAUGCUCCUACUCCUUUAUUAACUUUGGUCCUUGGAGAAUUGCAAAGUUGUGGCUGCAGAAGGCGGAGAGACAAGGAGAGCUCCCUUCAUUGCUCAUCCAUGCCCGCAUUAGCUCGUCCAUUGUUCAUGGUGAAGCGGAGAACUCUACGCAAGAGAUAGAGAAACAUAUGCUCGCAAAGUUCUCUGUUUUGGAGCUACAUCUCAGGCCAAAGGGACAUGCUUUUGGAGCAUUCAUGUUUCAUCUCCUUGGGAUGAAUCGGUUUUUUAGGGCCACGCAGAGGCUCAAGGUUGUCCUACAGAGAUCCGCGUUGAAGCAAGAAUGCCCACUAGAUUGUGCUUGUGACCACCCGGACUGGAGAUCCCAAACUAGUUCCUUGACCGCUCUCGAAGAAGUGGAGAUCAAUGGCUUUCAAGGACACGAUCAUGAGAUCGAUUUCUUGAAACUGAUAUUCAAAUGUGCACCGAUGCUUAAAAGAAUGAUUGUGCGUUUCUCACAUGAGGUCUUAUAUCCUGAUCAUCAUGGAUGCACACAAAUACGAAACAUCUUCAGGGAAUAUUCUUCUGUGGAAUGCUAUCUUUAUCUUAGCUCUGCCUCCGCUGCAGGUUUAGUGCAUGGCAGCGACGGCUUCCCAUCAACAUGAUUCUCAGCCUUGCAUAUUUGGAUUCAUGAUGGUAUUGACAAAGACCAAGCUUUUCAUAUGCGG